UUGCGUCAUGAAGACCAACUUAUGUAAACAAUGUUCAUUUUCAAGGUUGUAAAAUCGACUUGUCAUUGCCUAUAGCGCUGUUAUUGGACGAAAUACGGGUUGAGUGUUAGUCACAAUGUAUCGACGUGCAGCUUGCAACUUUGUACGCCCCCUUUGGUGUACGAGCCAGAAUGCUAUCAGAAGAUGUGCAACAGAAGCCCCCGUUGUGGUAAAGAAGAAGCGGAGAGUUUUGGCUACAAUUGGGAAGGCUAUUGGUGGUGUGGUGUUGUAGCGGUGCCAGCAGCUGGAGGAGUGUACUAUGCAUACACCGAUGAUUUGACUAAGAGACAGAUGAGGGUGACAGUUGAGGGAGUAGGAAGAUUCUUCAGGAGUUUGAGAAUUGGUCUGAUGAUCUCCGUGGACUACAAAUGGUCAACUUAUGGCCUGGAUGAAGACAGUGAUCUUUAUUCUGCAGCAUUAUCGGCAGCCCACCAGCGAUCAGCGGAACGAAUUCUCGAUGGCUGUCUCAAGAAUGGUGGAUUGUAUGUAAAACUGGGCCAGGGGUUAGUCUCCAUGAAUCACAUACUGCCAAAAGAAUACCUGGAAACAUUAAAAGCUCUGCAAGAUAGGUGUCUCAACCGCAGAUGGGAUGAAAUUGGCACGCUCUUUCAAGAAGACUUUGGAUGUUCACAUAAAGAAAUAUUAGUAGUUGAUGAUGAGCCCAUUGCAGCAGCCAGUUUAGCCCAGGUAUUCCGUGCUAAGACACACAGUGGCGAAGAAGUCGCCGUCAAAGUGCAAUACAUUGACCUUCAGGAUCGGUUCUGGGGAGACAUCACCACCAUUGAGCUGCUCCUGGAGAUCAUACAAAUAAUGCAUCCAAAGUUUGCCUUGAAAUGGGUUCUCAAGGACCUAAAAGGUACCUUGGAGCAAGAGCUGGACUUCAUUAACGAAGGACACAAUGGGGAGCGCUGUGCUAGAGAACUUUCAAAAUUCAAGUAUGUUCAUGUUCCAAAAGUCCACUGGGAUUGCUGUAGUAAGAGAGUUUUAACAACUGAAUACAUACAUGGAUUCAAGGUUAGUGAUGUAUCAGGUAUGGAGAAGGCUGGAAUAAAUAUCGAAGACGUUGACAAGAAGCUCAUAAAUGCAUUUGCCGAACAGAUAUUCCACACUGGCUUUGUCCAUGCUGAUCCACACCCUGGCAAUGUUCUAAUUCGGCCAAGCAAGCGUGGUGACGCCGAGAUUGUGAUCCUUGAUCACGGUCUGUAUCAGUUCCUCCCAACCAGCGUGAGACAGCCAUUAUGUCGAUUGUGGAAAGCUAUUGUGGUUGGUGACCAUAAAAACAUGCAGAAGAAUUCAGCAGAACUUGGCGUACGAGACUAUAUGCUUUAUGCUGAAAUGCUUAUGCAGCGCCCCGUUGACAGUGGAGGCAUCAGUGCAUUGAAAAAUGUGUUAAGUUCAGAUGAGCUAGAAUAUAUGCAGAAGAUGGCAGCCAACAGAUUUGAUCAGAUUAAUGAAAUCCUGCAGGAUUUACCAAGAGCUAUGUUACUUAUAAUACGGAACGUGAACACCAUUCGGGCCAUCACAAAGGACCACGGAAACGUUGUCGACAGGUAUACCCUUAUGGCGCGGUCUGCAACAAGAGGAGCUUUCGUGUCCCCAAAUGCUUCCUUCUCACAGUGGCUCAGAGGGCACUGGGAACAAUUCUAUUUUGAUUAUAGCUUGAAGAAAGAAGCAGUGAAGAUGUGGGUCUUCAAGAAAGUUUUAUAUGUGUUGUACCUCUUUGGCCGAGUGCCUGACAUGUCUCAGAUAACCAACGAAUUGUAGUGCCAUGGUAGAAGAUUGUUUGCUAGUAGAAGGUAUUGCAGACAAUGAUCAGAAUGACAGAUUACUUACUGUAAAAAAAAUGUUAUUAGUUCAUGUUUUUUUUUGUUUUGUUUUUUUAUUUCAUGAGAUUAUAUAAUAGCAGAUUCUAUAAAAUGUAAAAAGUACUUUGGAUUCCAAUUUGUAACUUAUUCUAAUUUAUUAUGAAGGUCCAUACCCAAAUGUACAUUGUCAAAAUGUUAUUGUACCCUAAAUUCAAAAGGAAACAGGUUAAAGUUACAAGUUAAAGAUCCAUAACUAUAAUGGAAUAAUGAAAUCCCACUACAACAGGUAUAUUCAUAUUCUUCUUGGUGGGGAAGUCAUAGGUGAAAUUAUUAAGUAUUGCUCACUCAAGGUGUUACCUGGAAUGAGUGCGUUGAAAUCCUUGUCAGGAAGGAUAUUGGUAUAUCAUUUGAUAUGAUUUUAUGAUUUUUAACAGUAACAGCUGAUUGAGUCGGAUUUGAGAUUUGCUGAAAGUGCUGACUAUCACUCAGGAUCAGUAGUUUUUUUGUAUAUUUGUGUAGAAUCUUCCAAAUGCCUGAAUGUUCUAUUUUUUUGUAUAAUAAUAAAGUUUUAAAUUAAACAGAA